AUGGAAACCUUUGUCGCUGCAGCCCGUGAGUGGAAUGUAUUGUUGGGUGAAGUUGGGGAAGAUUUCGUAUCUCGCCACUUAGAUAACGCCAUGCAGCUUGCUAUCGCUCUGCACUACCAGAAAGAUCAAGAAGCGGAACACGCUACUUGUGACGUAUCCAGCGCUGAGCUGCAGGACUUUGUUGCACUUUCAAUGAUUCUACAGCGUCUGCUGGAAGCGGCGACACGAGACCAUAUGACAUUUUUGUUGCCUGAUAUGAUAAGUAGCACGACCAAACAAGCAUCGCUUUUGAAAGAAGAGCUGAGCAUUAUGCAAAGUCUUCCUGAUGCUUUUAGGCAGCGAUUUCGACAGCUGCUGGCAAUGCAUUGGGACACAUUGGUUGAAAGCACAACAUUAUUCCCUUUGCCGGGAAUCCAGGAUAUAAAUUGGAGCGUUGCAAAGGACAACAACAAUGGACAACGUAUCCAUUUGCGUGUACAGACAUCAGAUGGCAGGACGAGAAAGAUACAUGUACCUAUUCAGCAAUUUCAUGAGCUUCGAUACAGUGUAGCCUCAAUUUUGCAUGAAAUGAAUAUGAUAGAAGCACAUCCAAUAAUGCAGCUCAACCACAUGAAGUUUAGCAGAUGA